ACAGCAGUCCUGGUUGAAAGGGUCAGCACAGCAGCCCGACCACAGCUUGCUGUGCUUGGAGGGAGGAGGGGGUCCUAUCUGCAAAAGAGCUCUGUCCUUCAGCUGCUGACUUAGCACGUUGCUGCAGGAACCUGGAGAGCAUGGCUAAUAGUGCCCACAAAAGGAGAACAGGGGCCAAGGUCACUCUGCAGCAUUGUCUCGGGACAUUACCCAGUUUGGGGACAGUCCUACUAGGCUCCUCUCAGCUUAGGCUUGAUAGGAGUGUAUAAAGAGAGACAGGAAGCUGCCCCUAGGAAACCUACACUGAGACAACAGUUUUAAAUCCUUCUCGUGUUGAUCACACAAGGCAUCAUUUGCAUGACAUGCUGGCACAUCAAAUCCACUUGUGCACGUGAAGUUAUUCCCUAAUCUAGCCAUUCAAACUAGAUAGAUUAAUUCAUAUGUUUUCAGACCAGAAAAGACAAUUUAGUCAUAAGGACUCCCUGAGAACUGCACUAAGCGGCUCCAGCUGAGCUAGUGAGCAUGUUUUGGGAAGUCACCCAACAGGUGGGAGGAAAACCUUAGAGCAGGGCUGGUGUCAAGAAGGGAUGGGGGUAGGUGAUAAAUGGGGACCACAAGCCUGCCCGGAGCACUCCUCAGAAGAAACAGGGCAGUUGAUGAUAGGGCAGGGACUUUCAACAUGAACCAACACCCAGGGCUAUUCCUUAUCGUAUGCUUGAAUCACAAACUCAGUGGGGCAAGCCCUGUAAUCCCCCGAAUUAUGUGGGUACACUGAUCCUGCUCAUUGCUUAAGCAAGAAAUAUAGCAAGUUAUAAUGGAGUCGCUAGUAUUUGCAUAUCAAGAUACCCAGCAAGCCAAAGCCAGAAGUGAAAACGUCAUUUAACGCUUGAUGCUCCACCACAUAAGUCAGCUGGAGCUCCUGAACAUCCUGUGAGUCUUGGGAACAUUCAUAUAAACCUAGUCACACUUCUCUGCUGGGGGUUUGCGCAAAGGCUAGUGGAGCUUCCAGUGUGGCUUUCUCUCAGCCCCAAGCCUUUGGCAGGGGCUGGGACUGGCUGAACCUCACCACUGCCAGAUCUCUGAGCGGGCUCUGCAGUCUUCCAACGGCAGCACCUUCUCCUGAACCACGCGCAGUGAAACGCACCUCUUCCUUUCGGGUACUCCAUCUCCUUCCUUCUCUAAAACUAAUGGGGCCAGAAAUAAGACACACUUCUCCAUCCUCAUUUUCCUAGUUUUCUUUCCAUAGCUUACAUUUCUCUUCCAUGCUGCAGAUGUUCUAUCCCCUCAUUUUACUCUUUCUCUCUUCUGUUUCCCUCCCUCUCCCCCUCCCCCUGCUUUCUCUCCCUCUGCACUUUGUGAACUGCUGCUGCAGUGCUGAAGUCCAAAGUUCAGUAACUUGCUAAGCACACAGAUAAAUAUGAACCUUGGAGAAUUUACAUUGCUCCAAUGUAAACAGAUAGCCAAGGGUCCCUUUAUCAGCACUGGCUCAGGACAGUCGUGGGGGGUCUGAAGUGGCUCAAUUUUGUAUUUUGGGUUUUUUGUGUUUUUUUUUUUUUGGGGGGGGGGGUGGGGGGGGUGCGUAAAGGCGGGAGGCUGUGCUGUGCCCACUCUCCUGACAGUCGGGCGUGUUACCUCAGGAACAUGGUGUAGGGAAGCUGGAAGCAGGAUAACCUGAAAUUCAAAUCCAAGAGACACCAGCCCGAAGACCAUGGUCUCGAAGCUGAGUCACCUUCAAGUGGAGCUGCUGGGAGCGCUGCUGGAGUCAGGGCUAACCAAGGAGACCCUGAUCAAGGCGCUGAGCGAAGUGGAACCCUACGUGCUCCAGAGUGAAAGUCAGCGCGCUAUCAAUGCCCUCCAGACAGAGAAAGGGGAACCCUGUCCUGACAUCCCCAACCUCCCCAAUGGAAUGGGGGAGUCCAGGUUAUCGGAAGAUGAAACCUCUGAUGAUGGGGAGGAAUUUACUCCUCCAAUAAUGAAGGAGCUGGAAAACUUGAGCCCCGAGGAGGCUGCUCACCAGAAGGCUGUGGUGGAAAGACUAUUACAAGAAGAUCCUUGGCGAGUAGCAAAGAUGGUAAAAUCCUACCUCCAGCAGCACAAUAUCCCUCAGCGUGAGGUGGUUGACACUACUGGUCUGAACCAAUCUCACCUCUCACAACACCUCAACAAGGGCACUCCCAUGAAGACCCAAAAAAGGGCAGCCCUCUACACCUGGUAUGUCCGUAAGCAGCGAGAAGUAGCCCAGCGUAAGUAUGGCAACAACUUAAGCUGCAGUGGGCAUGUUAGGCACCCAAAUAGACAACUACUGGAAAUGCUUCCAGAAAGCAAACUCCCUUUCCCCCUUGUGCCUGCAGAAUUCACACAUGCGGGCCAGGGUAUCCUGACAGAGGAGCCCAUGGGAGAUGACCUGCCCACCAAGAAGGGAAGAAGAAAUCGCUUUAAGUGGGGUCCUGCCUCACAACAGAUCCUGUUCCAAGCCUAUGAGAGACAGAAAAACCCAAGUAAAGAAGAGAGAGAGGCACUGGUGGAAGAGUGCAACAGAGCAGAGUGUAUUCAGAGAGGUGUUUCCCCAUCUCAGGCCCAGGGCUUGGGCUCAAACCUGGUGACAGAGGUCAGAGUUUACAACUGGUUUGCCAACCGCAGGAAGGAGGAGGCUUUCCGGCACAAGCUGGCCAUGGACACUUUCAGCGGACCACAGCCCACCUCCGCUCCCCCUCUAACUCCUCACAACUCUUCCUCCCUCCAGCCACCAUCUGCUCUCUCACCCAGCAAAGUUCACGGAGUGAGGUACAACCAGCAGCCAGCCAGCGAGGCAGAGUCCUCCACCAGCAACCACCAUGGCAACAACUCUAUGGUCACCACCCAAACCAUCCUGCAUCAGGUUUCUCCCCCUGGACUGGAACCAAGCCAGAACCUACUGAGCACAGACACUAAGCUGGUUUCUACUCCUGGAGGAACUCUCCCUCCUGUCAGCACCCUGACUGCCCUGCACAGCCUAGAGCAAAAUCCACAUGCGCUGAGCCAGCAAACUCAGAACCUUAUCAUGGCAUCGCUGCCGGGUGUUAUGGCAAUUGGAGCUGGUGAGACCUCAUCCCUAGCACCAGCAUUCACCAACACAGGUGCCUCCACCCUGGUGAUAGGCCUGGCCUCAACACAGCCCCAAAGUGUACCUGUAAUAAACAGCAUGGGGAGCAGCCUCACUACCCUGCAGCCUGUCCAGUUCUCCCAGCAACUGCAUCCAUCCUACCAGCAGCCCCUCAUGCAGCAAGUCCAGAGCCACAUCAACCAGAGCCCCUUCAUGGCUACCAUGGCCCAGAUACAGAACCCUCACGCUCUCUACGGCCCCAAGUCUGAAGUGGCCCAAUACACACAUACAGGCCUCUUACCACAAACCAUGGUGAUAACAGAUACAGCCAAUCUCAGCGCUCUGACUAACCUGACACCAACUAAACAGGCAUUCACACCUGACUCAGAGACUCACACAGAGUCUGGGAUGCAUACGCCAGUGUCACAGGCGCCAACAAUACAUUUACAGAACCAAGACACAACCAUCCAGCACCUUCAGCCAGGCCCUCGCCUCACCUCAAGCCCUGCUGGUAAGAGCAGCAGCCACUAUUAUCUUUAAGUAUGUAUUGCCUAGUUACUCUUGCCAGCACUGUAACAUCUAGUUAGAAAAUGGUAAUGGGAGCUCACAAUUCUCUAAGAGGGCUCUAUCAGUGCCUUGGGGAGUUUGAAAAGCUGGUACAAGAUACAGAGCACAGUCUGUAUAAGGACAGACUGUGGAAAUGGGACCCUUAUUCAGAAUCUAGAGAGUAAAAUAACCCUAAAAAUAUUGACAAAAUCAGUGUUCAGUCCUCUGGGCAGUUUUCACGGCUGAAAAGCCCAAGACUCCCUCAUGAAGAGACUCCAGCUGGAUCUUCCCAGUUCUAAGAGAAGAACUGGGACAUUAACAAUCAACUAAAAUCCUCAAAACUGAACUCUCUGAAGG